AUGUUACGCGUUGAUCGAACUCUUGUUGAAAAGCUAUUUGCAGAUGGUCAUAUACGUGUACUUGUUUGUACUGCAACAUUAGCAUGGGGUGUUAAUCUGCCAGCACAUGCUGUUAUUAUUAAAGGUACACGUGUUUAUAAAGCGGAAAAAUCAGAUUUUGUCAAUUUAGAUAUAUUGGAUGUUUUACAAAUAUUUGGUCGUGCUGGUCGACCACAAUUUGAUACUCAUGGUCAAGCUACUUUAAUAACUAAUCAAGAAUCACUAGCCCAUUAUUUACGUUUCAUAACAAAUCAAGGUCCAAUUGAAAGUAAUUUACUCACUAAUUUACAUGAUCAUUUAAAUGCUGAGAUUUCUUUGGGUACAGUCUCUAAUAUUGAUGAAGCUGUAACAUGGUUGAGUUACACGUAUUUAUUUAUACGACUAAGACAAAAUCCACUGAAUUAUGGAUUAACUACAGCUGUUCUUGAACGUGAUCCUGAUCUAGUUGAAUUCUUAGGUCGUGUUGUGCGUACUUGUGCUACCGACUUAGAUUGUGCUGAAAUGGUUCGUUACGAGCCAGCUACUGGUCAAUUAGCAUCAACAGAUCGUGGACGUACGGCUAGUUUAUUUUAUAUACGUUAUGAAACCGCAGCUAUGGUUAAAGAUGCCUUAGAACCAACAAUGAUGAUUCCACAAAUAUUUGCUAUGUUAAGUGAAGCAUCAGAAUUUGCAUCAAUGAAGGUACGUGAAGAAGAAGGCACUGAAUUAAUUGAUAUUAAGAAUAAAGUUUGUCAUUUACCGAUUCAGCAAGCUGGUACAGUUGAUACAGAUGUUAUUGCAAAAGUGAAUGCACUAUUACAAGGUUACAUAAGUCGUCAUAAUCCCAGUUGUCAUUCACUUUCAUCUGAUAUGAAUUUUGUUCAACAAAAUGCUGGACGUUUAGUUAGAUAUCUUUUCGAAAUUUCAUUGCGUCAAGGUUGGUCACAAUGUGCCACGAUGACAUUGACUUUGGCUAGAAUGUUUGAACAAAGAUUAUGGAAUGACCAAAGUCCAUUGUGGCAAUUUGUAGAAAAUGGUAAACAACGGUUAAUUCAACGUGUUGAAGAACUUCAAUUCUCAGUUGAUCGCAUUCGUGAAACUGAUGUUAAUGAAUUAGCUUACCUCUUUCACUACCAAGGAAAAGACGGUGCUCGCGAAAUUCGACGUUUAGCUUUCUAUGUUCCAAAAAUACAAUUGGCUGUAGAAUCACAACCUAUUACACGUACCAUUCUUCGUGUUAAGCUUACAAUUGAGCCAGAUUUUACUUGGUCAAAUCAAAUUCAUGGAUUACAGCAAUCAUAUUGGGUAUGGAUUGAAGAUCCUGAUCAAGGUGUUAUAUUUCAUUCAGAAUAUUGGACAUUGACUAAACGCAUGUUCAAUUCAAAAACUCCACAAAUUUUAAAUUUCACUAUUCCAUUGUAUGAACCUUAUCCAACUCAAUAUUUUGUUCGUAUUCUCAGUGACUGUUGGCUUGGAACUGAUUCAACCUGUCCAAUUUCAUUGAAACGUCUCAUUCUACCGAGUAGUGAUCCCCCUCAUACAGAUUUACUUAAAUUACAACCAUUACCAGUGACAGCCUUGAAAAAUGCUAAUUAUGAGUUAUUAUAUAACUUUCCAUAUUUUAAUCCUAUACAAACUCAAUUAUUUCAUACAUUAUAUCAUCAGAAUGUCAAUGUACUGUUAGGUGCACCUACUGGUUCCGGCAAAACUGUUGCUGCUGAAUUAGCCAUUUUUCGUGUAUUUAAUGAAUAUCCGAAACAAAAAUGUGUGUAUAUUGCUCCAUUAAAAGCACUUGUACGUGAACGUAUUGAUGAUUGGAAUAUUCGAAUCGGUCAAAAAUUAAAUAAACGAGUUGUUGAAUUAACCGGUGAUAUCACCCCAGAUAUUAAACAGUUAUUACGAUCUGAUUUAAUAGUUACUACACCUGAGAAAUGGGAUGGUAUUUCACGAUCAUGGCAGCAUAGAUCAUAUGUUCGUCAAGUUGCAUUAAUUAUUAUUGAUGAAAUUCAUUUACUUGGCGAAGAACGAGGUCCUGUACUGGAAGUUCUUGUUUCUCGAGCAAAUUACAUCGCAAAUCAAAUUGGUCAACCAAUUAGAAUUAUUGGUUUGUCUACAGCGUUAGCCAAUGCACCAGAUCUGGCUGCAUGGUUACAUGUUCCAUUCACUAUGACUUCCAUUGCAGAGGUUGCUUCGAUUUCUGGCACUAGUUAUGGAUUAACUGGUAGAGGUUUAUUUAAUUUUCGACCAUCUGUCAGACCAGUUCCUUUAGAAGUUCAUAUACAGGGUUAUCCAGGUAGACAUUAUUGUCCACGUAUGGCUACCAUGAAUAGGCCAAUUUUUCAAGCAAUUAAUAGUCAUUCUCCGAAUAAACCUGUUCUAAUAUUUGUAUCAAGUCGUCGACAAACUAGAUUAACCGCUUUGGAUUUGGUUAGCUAUGUUGCAGCUUCUGAUAAUUCCAAAUGUUGGUUGCAUAUGAAACCAGAAGAAAUGGAAUCAAUUUGUGAAAAUAUACAAGAAACAAAUUUGCGUUUAACUUUAACCUUUGGUAUUGGUUUACAUCAUGCUGGUUUACAGAAUAAAGACCGUUCAUUAGUCGAAGAGUUAUUCACAAAUCGAAAAAUACAAAUUUUAAUCGCUACUUCAACAUUAGCUUGGGGUGUUAAUUUUCCAGCUCAUUUGGUCAUUGUCAAAGGUACUGAAUAUUAUGACGGGAAAACAAAAACCUAUGUGGAUUAUCCAAUUACUGAUGUUCUUCAAAUGAUGGGACGUGCUGGACGUCCACAAUUCGAUGAUCGAGGCAAAGCUGUAAUUAUGGUGCAGAAUUCAAAGAAAACAUUUUAUAAAAGAUUUCUAUAUGAACCAUUUCCUGUAGAAAGUUAUUUACUACAUGUACUGCCAGAUCAUUUGAAUGCGGAAAUAGUAGCUGGUACAAUAACGACCAUGCAAGAAGCUUUAGAUUAUUUAACAUGGACAUUCUUUUUUCGACGAUUAUACUCAAAUCCAUGUUAUUACGGUCUAGAAAGUUGCGAUACAAAAUCGGUGAAUAAUUUCUUAUCUGGGCUUAUUACAAAUGCAUGUGACCAGUUACGAGAUUCUUCAUGUUUACACUAUGAUCAAACUGAUCAUAAUCAGUAUGUACUGAUACCAACUACUCUUGGUCGUUUGGCGUCAUAUUAUUAUUUAUCACACUUAACUAUGAAAUUAUUUACCACAACAAUUCAGUCAACAUCGAGUGUCCAUGAUUUAUUGAGAAUAUUAUCAAGUGCACAUGAAUACUUCCUAUUACCUGUGCGACAUAAUGAAGAUGAAAUGAAUAAACUAUUAGCCAAUGAAUUACCUUUACCACCUAUCGGUCCAAUGGAUUCUCCACAUACAAAAGCUCAUUUAUUAUUUCAAGCUCAUUUUUCUCGUAUUAAAGAAUUGCCGAUUAUUGAUUAUCGUACAGAUACACAAUCGAUUUUAGAUCAAGCUAUUCGAAUAUUACAAGCAAUGUUAGACGUUAGUGCUGAAUGUGGUUGGCUUCGUACAAGUUUGAAUUGUAUAAUUUUAAUGCAAAUGAUUACACAAGGCUUAUGGGUUGAAGAAUACGCCAGUAGUAUUUUACAAUUACCAAAAAUAACCAGUGAACAUUUGGAUUAUUUCAGAUGUGAUCGUAAUCCUAACAUAAGUUCAUUACCAGAACUUAUUGAUUAUGUGGCUGGUUCACCUAAUCUAUUAGAUUCCAUGCUACAAGGUCAUGUUGAAUCCGAUGUCAUCAAUAGUGUUAAAAAGGCGGUUAGACAACUACCUAUUGUUGAAAUACGCUCAUGUUUAGUUGGUCCUGACCCAUCUGUCUCAUCGUCAUCAUCACCAACACAACUAUCUCAGUCAGUUAGAGUAUUUAAAAUAAAUACUAUUGGACAAAGUUCAAAUUGUCUAGAUGUGUAUGCUGAAACGGAGUAUCUUCUUCGUAUACAACUAAUACGAUCUUCUAUUGAUCAGACAAGUGGAAAUAAGCCGGUUAUGACUGGAUCUUUAAUCAAAUCGAAAUCAUACGAAGGUUGGUUUCUUCUAUUGGGCAAUUGUGAAGUCAAUAAAAAUUAUGGUGGUAAUUUAUUAACAUUGAAACGUGUCCCACCACAAUCAAUGACAAUACUUAAAAAAGACAAAAUGAACUCUUUGUAUAAUACUCGGAAACAUUUUAUCAAUAUACUUGUGAAAUUCCCACUACCAUUAACAUUGUUACGUAAUACCAAUAAUGAUAGUAAUAAUAAUAAUAAUAAUAAUAAUAAUAAUAAUAAUAAUGGUACUACUAUUAAUCAGAUCGAAGUGAAACAAUCUUAUCAAUUAACAUUAUUUUAAUGUCUGAUACUUAUUUAGGCUUAGAUCAACAGAUUGAAUUAUUUUUUAAUGUAAUGUGUAAACCACCUACUCAGAUUAAUCAUGAUGAUAAAAAUGAUAAUGUUGAUUAUGGUAAUGAUGAUAUUUAUGAAUCGGAAUAUGAUAAAGGUUAGUGCCGAUACUGUCGAAAUAUCAAGGUAUAUAUAUAUAUAUAUAUAUAUAUAUAUAUAUAUAUGAUGUAACCAUAUUUAGGUGUGAUGAUUACACGUGUAACUAUGUAUGAUUUGAGUGUUUGUUGACCAUACUAACAAUGAGUUAUUUUAUGUUGUACAAUAAGAAUUAAAUAAUUUGUCUUUCAUUUGAAGUGUGAAUAUCUUUCUCUCUUUUUUCUUGUUCUGUAUACAAUUCGCUCAAAUCCAAAUGGAUCGAUGUUAGUGAAUAGUGUUUCAUAUAAAAUUUUAUCGCUUAUCCCCUUUAUGUUGUAUUGUAUUUUUCAUCACUAUUUUCUUCUUCCUUUUCUUUCUGAAAAAAAAACGACAGAAUUAUUCUUACCGCUUAUUACAGUUUAUUUUGUUAUCUGUUCUAUCGUUUUAUCUUGUAAAUCUAAUUGAAAUGUUAUAAAUUUCAUGGUUUGAAUUGUA